CUCAUACUUUAAGAAAAAAAUUGAAACGAGGGGAAAAAAAUUGGAUCCAAAAGGGAAGCAUUAAAAAAGUACGUUUGGUCCAUUGUGAAAUCCGCCUGCGCCUUCCAUUCCAAAACCCUUCUUAAAACACAUCGAUCUGCAACGCAAAUUAAGCAGAUAGAUAUCGGCAUCAAUGGCGAUUACCUUGCUCCAUCAGCCCCUGCCCUUUUUCAGUCGCUCUGUUGAAAAACCUAACCCUAAUCUCCACUCUCCCGCCGCUCUUAAGUUCGGCGGCGGCGGAUCUGCCCUAGCAGCUUGUUCUUCGGUCUCCAUUUCCGACCCCGAACCGCGGUACGCGUCUGUCAAGUCCUUUGCUCCGGCCACCGUUGCGAACCUCGGCCCUGGAUUCGACUUCCUCGGAUGCGCCGUCGAUGGAAUCGGCGAUUUCGUCACCGCCCGCGUCGAUCCUGGCGUUCGGCCCGGGGAAGUCUCGAUCGCUGAAAUCUCCGGCGCGGGAGGUAAGCUUAGCAAGGAUCCGCUGUGGAACUGCGCCGGCAUCGCCGCCAUCGCGGUUUUGCAGAUGCUUGGCGUCCGAUCUGUCGGCCUCUCCCUCUCCCUCGAGAAGGGGCUGCCGUUGGGGAGCGGGUUGGGAUCCAGCGCAGCGAGCGCAGCCGCCGCCGCCGUCGCGGUCAACGAGCUGUUCGGCGCCCGAUUGUCCGCAUCGGACCUCGUGCUCGCCGCGCUAGAAUCGGAAUCCAAGGUCUCCGGCUACCACGCGGACAACGUGGCGCCCUCCAUCAUGGGCGGAUUUGUGCUGAUCCGGAGCUACAACCCGCUGGAUCUGAUCCGAUUGAAGUUUCCACAGGAGAAGAGCCUCUUCUUCGUGUUGGUAAAUCCAGAGUUCGAAGCUCCGACAAAGAAGAUGAGGGCGGUCCUGCCGGCGGAGAUCAAAAUGGCGGACCACAUCUGGAACUCCAGCCAGGCGGGAGCUCUGGUGGCGUCGGUGCUGCAGGGAGACUUGCCGGGGCUGGGGAAGGCGCUAUCCUCUGACAAGAUAGUGGAGCCCAGGAGAUCGCCAUUGAUCCCGGGGAUGGAGGCGGUGAAGAAGGCGGCCAUUGAUUGUGGAGCUUACGGUUGCACCAUCAGCGGGGCGGGACCCACUGCGGUGGCCGUGACGGAUGAUGAGGAGAGGGGGAAGGUGAUCGGAGAAAGAAUGGUUGAGGCCUUUCUCCGGGAAGGAGGUCUGAAAGCUACGGCCAUGGUGAGGAAGCUUGAUAGAGUUGGAGCUAGGCCUAUCUUCAGUGCUCCCAGGUGAUAGAUAUUGUGAUGAAUUAUAUUAUUCGUAUCCCAAAAAUUUUACCCCUACUCAAAUAGUAGUGCUAGUAUAAUGGUUUACAAAAGAUACAAAAUGUAAGUAUAUUUUUUGUUAUUACACUAGCAUUUUAUGUUAGUGUAAACUAUGAAAAUGUCGGUGCAUCUCUCUUGAGAAUAACUUGGUAUUUUGAUAUACUACAUGAUUGUAUUGUUUCUUGUUAACAAUAAUAUGGAGUAAUAAUAAUGAUUGAGUGAGUAU